AUGUCUGCUCCCUCGCUCCCCUCGUUCACCCCCUCCUUUUCUUCCUUCCCAGUCCUACCUGAUCCUGGCCCAAGCAAGCGCACCAGAUCACCCGACCAGUUCGACACCACGAUUGUACAUCGAGACCACUCAAAUGAGGCCUACCAAAGGAACAGAGAAGACAGGAGCGACUGGUGGGAUCGUAGACUAGACAAGGAAAAGAAAUCUAAACGAGAGAAACAUAUUUCACACUUCCCGGAGCCCACACGUCAUAGUAGCUGGGUCAAGGACAUAGUCCAUCACGAUGAGCGGAACAAACAGGACGAAGACCGUCGUUUUGCAGUACAGGACCACACCCAAUGGUCUUUCUUCUCAGAUCGUAAGGGAGAUCCCCUCAACAUCACUUAUGGUAGCAUACACGCAGGCGACCUUCCCAAAUAUCGUCCAGUGAACCAGGGCAGGCAUAUCCUUGGUCUCGUUGGCAAUUGGUCCGUCUCUCGCAAAUCGGGAAAGGGGAUAGAGAUCGUGUUGGGUGGGGGUCGAAAACAGUUAGGAUUGACGGACCCCGGCACUAGGGCGCUUCUGAAUACUCCAGCCCGGCGUCUGAUUGCAAAUGCCAGCAAUUACAAAUACCAAGAAGUCAACGGAUUUCUUCCUCUCCCAUCUCGCGGGGGUCGCGUGCCGGGGGAAUUUUACGGCUCUUUCCAGGACGAAACCGACACCGACUCAGAGUCUUCAGAAGGGAAAGAGGAUAAUUCUGAUGACGAUGAAGGGCUACUCGCUUUGCCGUCGGAGCAACUUGCUAUCAAGGACCUUGAACAGAAAAUCGCACUUCAACCGUCUUCUGUGGAAAUAUGGUUAUCCCUUGUUACUCGUUCACUAGCGACUGUUCCCCCAGCGUCCAAGAACGCGUCAGCCGUUCGUGCUGAAAUAACUUUGUCGGUUCUCGACCGUGCUCUCGCGGCUCACCCUUCCAAUCGCACAUCGCGGCUCCUCCGACUGAAAUAUCUCCGCGCAGGCGAGGAAGUCUGGUAUGAAAGCAAACUCCAAGUCGAGUGGGAAGAGGCACUUAAAUUGGGUGGUGUUGAGAUUUGGAUGGAAUGGCUAGAGUGGCGGAUCCGGAAAUCGACUGAAAGCAUCGAUAGUGUUGUGACCGAUGCUACACGUGCAUUACACGCGCUGGGUGAUUCAUCGGAUAGCGAGGUGGACAAACUACGAGUAGUGUGGCGCGUUGCUGUGACAUUUCAAGAGGCAGGCUUCUAUGAACGUGCAACAGCACUGUUCCAAGCUCAGGCAGAACUAACGUUCGAAGUCCCCCAAUCGUUGUAUGGAUUACCGAUUGAAACGCAACUGGAAGCACUAGAAGAGUUUUGGGAGUCUGAAGCGCCGCGCGUUGGGGAGGUCGAUGCCAAAGGCUGGUCGGCGUGGACAUCAUCCGGCCGACCAGAGAUAGGCACCAUUAGCGAGGAAAGCAUCCAAAUGGACGUUGGUAUCAAGCCGUCCGCGGAUCCGUUCUCUUCGUGGUACAACGACGAAGCACGAGCUGAUCGUCUCUUGCGUGCCCCGACACGUUCAAUGACAGAGCGAGCUGCGUCUGACCCAUACUCAACUGUACUAUUUUCAGAUAUCCGCCCACUCCUGCUGUCGCUUACGACACAGCGAGCAAAAAGCAUUUUUAGGCUUCUGUGGCUGGCCUUUCUAGGGCUUCAUGUUCCAGGAUUCUCGCGGUCUCUGGCAGAUGAUGCGUGGGACCGGUGGUCCUAUACAUUUUUCACGAGCCCAGCUUGCUUGUCGUCCAUAUUCCCUGAAAGAGGAUCUGCGCGACAGUUUCUUGCGGACUCUUAUUCUGGCGUUCUGGUCGGUAAAGAAAGAGAGUAUUUGAGUGCUUUUGGGCCCAUAAAGGAGUGGAGUUUAAAUGUUAUUGCGCCACUUGAAUGGGUAGGGAAGGAUCAUUGGCGGAUGUGGACAGAAAAAGACGUCGAAGGUGUCAACCAGGAGUUUGUGAGAGCGAUAUUUAGUCAGCUUCGGUGUGGGACAGAGGAUCACGAGUGGGAUAUCUACGCGUUAGCCUUUGAGGCUGCGGUGAACGUGAAACGCGCACUGAAGCUCUCGCGAUCAUUCCUCUCGACCGCUCGUGAGUCGCUUGCUCACUGGGCUGCACAUGCCCGACUUGAACGUCUACGUGGACGCGUCGAGGAUGCACGCAAAGUUUAUCAGACGGCUCUCAUUGCUGUUCGUCGUCCGCCUACCCACGCAUUCGUUGGCCAAUUAUGGUGGGAUUGGGCGGAAAUGGAAUGGCUAAAUGGUGAUCAAGAAGUCGCUCUGCGCGUGGUAAUGCGUGCCGGCAAUGUUGACGGCUCAGGGGGGAUGAUGGUCCUGAGGGCGAAACGCAAUCUGGAGGAUAUCACCAACGCAUCGCACGAACGAUGGAAGGAUCGUGAGGCGUGGAUAAAGCUUAGAGCUGUGGUAGAGCUUUUGACGGCGUCCUCUCCAGCAUCCGCUUUGGCAAUUUUUGAUGCACCACCCCCAUCUGGUUUGAGGAUGUCCGCUGAGCAGCAGGAGAGCUUAACGGUUGCGUCGUUGUUGAUGUUGUAUAAUCAUUCAUCCACCCUCCGUAACUCUACACCACCUGCCUUCUUGCGGGAUCGAUUGCAGACCGCACUGGAGACGUAUCCCAACAACACCAUUAUCCUUGGAAUGUUUCUUGAAGCUGAAAAGGGGCACGGUCUGUGGGGACGAGUCAGGAAUCAGAUGGGCCAAGUUAACAAAGAAAAGGAUAUUACGAGAAGGAUUGCCGAGGUAUGGACGGCGGGAUGGGAGAAAGGCCGUUGGGAAAGGGAAAUCGAGCGGACAAGAGCGGGAUUGUUCGCAGCGGCGGAGAGCGAAAGGACAAAGAACAGCUCAAUCAUCUGGCGUGUCAUCAUGGAGUUCGAGAUCCGUGCUGGCCAGACGCAAAGAGCCAAGGAUCUACUUUAUAGGGCUGUUAGUGAAUGCCCUCUCUCAAAGGAACUGUAUCUACUAGCGUUUGGACCCUUAAGACAAGUAUUCAAGCCUCACGAACUACAUGGUUUUGUUGAAGUUAUGGCAGACAGGGGGUUGCGGAUGAGAAGAAGUUUAGAGGACUACACGCGGAACUACAGGGGGGUACGAGGGUCAGAGGACCCGAGAGGAGGUUCAGAGGCAAGCGAUGAUGAGAUUGAAAGGGAUGCAAGGGAGCGGCGACGACUCAUGCCGUAUUGACCUUAAGUGCAGCACGGUCACUUUUGUGUACGGAGUGUUUGUGUUAGAUUGUUUGUGCACCGAUUCACCAGCGCGUGACG